AUGAAUCCAAUCCAACGGAGUUUCAUCUCAGCCGUACUAGUUAUAAUACCAUACAUUACCUUGGGGAUUUGGCUCUCAUCCAGUCUUUGGACUGAUUCUAUAAGACAUUUCCACAAGCCUUCGAACCCAGCUAGUGAGAAGAAGCACUACUCCACUAAGGAGUUAAGGCUGUUAGCAAAAGAACUCUCCGAGACACAGCGCAGCUUACAACAUUCACAAUUACUUUUUUACCGUUUAGAAAAACAUAUUCAACUUGUAAAGGAGUUAAUAAUAUCCAUUGAUGUGAAUUUAACUGAUGAUCUGAAAAAAGAUAAUUCAGCGGACAGGUCUUCCGUAAAUUCUUUGCCAAAGAGAGAGGUUUGCGCUGAAAAAUUCAUGGCACCGAGUUGGGAGUACGUGUUUCCUCGGUUUAGGAAAGGUUUCGACCGAGUAAAUUGUUCAGACUAUGUUCCACUGGACCAGCUUGUGACCAUGAUUGUUACAUCACCUGAAGAGAUCUCGACCGAAAAUUUACAAAACAUUUUUAAAGGCAUCGUAAACUAUUAUCCAAGCGUACCAGUAAUGUUUGUGUCCAAGUCGAAGACAAAUGUAAACUUAAAAGAAUUCGGGUCAAACAUAACCAACGUGGUAUUCGAUGACCUAACUCACGGAAAAACAUGGUCGAUGUUACUCAAAACAGUAUCCACGCCCUAUGUACUAUUUGCACCGGAUAUUACAUACUUCACUGAUGAUGUAAAUGUUGAGCGACUCAUUCGGGUGCUCAGCGAGAACAAAGAUACAAUAAUUGCAGGAGGAAGUCACAAAAAUCAACGUGGCGAAUGGGACAAGGGCUGUUUUCAAGUGAAUUUCAGAAACUGGGUUGCUUUUUUUAUGGAUGGUUAUUAUCGCUCGUUUACUGAUUGUUUAGUGUGUGACGUGCUUCCAGGUCCAUUUAUGGCGAAAACGAAAGAACUCAAGGAACUUGGAUUUGAUGAAAAGUGAGUCUGGACGUUUAUAUUUAACGAGAGAACACCAACUGAUAUUCUUAUAUAUCCAAGUAGGAUUCGAUUCUUAUCAACUGAAAAAGCUUUUGACCUCUUCUAUUGCAUUCUCUUUCCUAGACUGCCUUUUGGUGCCUUUCUUGAUAUUUUCUGGCGAAUAAAACUGAAACAUCCAGAGAAAGUUGUUGUCAGCUGUCCAGACGUUAUGUUUGAGACUCACGUGCAGGAAAUUCCGCAUGAAAAAUAUGUGGCCUUGGCUAACAAGUGGGAUGUCAAAAAAUGGAUCAAUUCCGACGGAACGGUCCGCUGGUAUGGCUGUAGGAGAGGCGGGCGGCCCAAUGAUAACACCGCUAGUUGUAGGAAACAGUCAGGACUCCUUGUCCCUCCUUGUGAUUUGGAGAAUCUCGCAGAUAUGAUCAAAUUUGUCAUGAAAGAGUGUGAAAACGCAGGGCUUUUGUGCGAGUUAAAUGAAGGAUCACAAUUAGGUAAUGUGACACCUGACCUCCUACUCUACGAGGGAGGUUUUGUUUUAAUCCUGUGAGUUCCUUGUGUGGCCAUUUUUUUUUUAAAUUUGUUGUCAUUAUUUGUUGUUUUAUUUUAUCUUUUUUUAAAAUUUUCUAAAGGGGUCAUUUGUCAAAUAUUCCACAACGCUAACAUAACUUACAUGGACUAGAAUUCUAACAUUUGGUACGAAAUUACAACCUUAAUUACGAAUGUUAUGCAAAUGUCACUUUCAUAACUACCAUCUAAAGAAGUGGUGGUUUUUAAAAAGAUUCUAUGAGGAUGGAAAAUUCUUGAAAUAUUAUUUUUUUUGGUCACUGGUUCUACGAACCCGAAUGUAAGACCAACUUUUAGAGAGAUGUAGAUGGAAGGCGACUCUUCCAUUUGCUUUUGAAAAACUCAUUUAUUUUUUUUCCUAUAUCUGACCUAAAUCAAGAGAUUAUAAACCUGCCUAAAUUUAUUGAACUAAGUUUGCUUCUGUUCUAGGUGCUGUUAAGUUCCAGAGAGUUUUACCGUGGGAGCUUGAUGCAGACAUUCACUUCCCUAAUGAUAACUUUACGGCCAUGUUCGGGCUUAUUCCAAGAUUCAAAGCAGCCGGUUACAGAGUUAUUUCAGAAAGAACAGAGGGAUGGAGGAACGGUCAUAAGGUCUUGGGUGCUAUUUUACUAUAUAAAAACGGAUGGAAACUCGAACUUUAUGGUCACGAUAUCUUUCAGAGCGCGGAACUUGUCGCAAGCGGUCAAAAGCCAACAAAAGUCAAGUUUGCUGGUAUGUGGUUGAAUGCUUUUCGUAACCCAGGACUCUCCAUGCGGAAUCGCUACGGGCCAGAGAUAUACCAUCAUGUACAACAUUCAUCGUCAGGUGUAUACAAAUCGGGAGUCUUUCCCAAAUGUCCCACGCCGGGUCACUCAGCAUGUCUUGAUCGGCUUCCUGCCGACGGUAGUUUACAGUUCAGCGACUUUUCCAUCCAGUAAACUAAGAUGCCUCCUCACUGAAAAUGGAUAUUUGGUUAUUGGAAUUGAGAAAUGGUGGCCGAUGAUAGUUGUCUAAUCUUUGACGUUUUUCAAUCAUCACUUUUUCCCAUAUGAACAAGAAUUUUUUUGCUCUCCCGUGAGAAGAUGUUUAAGCUGACGAUACAGUACCUAUUUUUAAAGCUAUCACGAACAACUUGGUUUUUUUGCUAUUUGGGAAUAGUGCAUUUAUCAUAAAAGUUCCAUUAUUACAGCUGUAGCCGCAAUUUAAUAUAAUAGACAAACAUGCUAAGGUUUCAGCUUCUUCAAGUUCACCGAGUUCGAGUUAGCGGGGUUCUACUGUAUUCUAUAAUCAUCCUAAUACACUUUUAUUUUCUGAAUUUAUGGAAGAAGGCGGUAGUUUAUUUAGUUUUUAGGUAACGAUAUCAAUACGAUCAUUUAUGCGUAAAUUUCUAACUUAGUUUAUUUUAGGUCUGACGAUAUUUUCCUUUAAAUUUUAUGGUACUGGUGAAAUUUUUGUUGCGUCAGGUCGUAACCUGUAAUACUCAAGAAUUCAAAAAGAGGAAAGAAAGUGAUCGUGGAGAGAGAGUAAAUAACUUGAAGGAAUAUAUGCUUGGAACUAUUCCCAUGCUUUUCAGUUUGAUUCAUUGGUUAAGGGUUACAAAAAUUGUACUGUGUUAGAUUGACAACCCAGUUAGUGGUGCCUUUAUAAACAGCCACACAGG